AUGCAGGUCUGUUUCCUUCUGAGGUUCAAACCAACACUUUCACUAUUCCAGCAGCAGCUGCAGGAGGAGGCUGACCACCUGGGUAAGGAGCUUCAGAGUGUGUCAGCGAAGCUCCAAGCCCAGGUGGAAGAGAACAAGUUGUGGAACCGCCUGUACCAGCAACAGGAAGAGAAGAUGUGGAGGCAGCAAGAGAAGAUACACGAGCAGGAGGAGAAGAUACGGGAGCAGGAGGAGAAGAGGCAGGAGCAGGAGAAGGAGAUGUGGAAGCAGGAGGAAAAGAUAAAGGAGCAGGAGGAGAAGAUAAUGGAGCAAGAAGAGAAGAGGUGGGAGCAGGAGGAGAAGAUGUGGGAGGCAGGAGGACAAGAUGCAUGAUCAGAGAGAAGAUAAGGGAGCAGGAGAAGAAGAUG